UGAAUUGUUUUGCCGGUGGACAGACGCAGAAUCACCGCGGCUGUGUGCAACUCACAGAAGCGAAGCGGCCGUCGGCUCCCCUGCAUUGCUAUAUUCAAACAACCGAGUCUCUCUGUUUUUAUUAGACCAUCUACGCUAAAUCGACAAGAUGAGUGAAAUCAACGUGAAAAAGCUUAAGGUGAACGAGCUGAAGGACGAGCUAAAGAAGCGGCAGCUCUCUGACAAGGGGUUGAAGGCCGAGCUCAUGGAGCGUCUGCAGGCCGCGCUCGACGCAGAGGCCCAGGCCCAAGAGGAAGAAACGACCGCGCCAGGGACUACAGAAGGUAGUAAGGUAGGAAACGAUGCCGAUGGAAACGGCGUUGCAGCCGAACAAGAAGGUACGGGUGAAGAAGAGCCGGAGGGGGAAAACAUGGAGGCCGAGGAGCAGAAUGGGGAAGGAGAUGAAGCCGCCGGUCAGGACGACGAAAUGGGAGAGGAGGAGGAGGAGGACGACGACGACGACGACGCCGGGGAGGAAAUAGACAAAGCCUUAGACGAUGAAGAUGAUGAAGAAGACGAUAUCAUUGACAAAAUCGACGUUGAAGACGGGGAUGCGGACAAAGACAGCAGUGCUGAUCAGAAGAAUAAGAAGGGUGUUAAGAGACGCCGAGAGGAUCAUGGAAGGGGCUACUUUGAAUUUAUUGAAGAAAGCAAAUACAGCCGGACCAAGUCUCCUCAGCCGCCUUUGGAGGAAGUGGAUGAAGAGUUUGAUGACACCCUGGUCUGCUUGGAUCCAUACAAUUGUGACCUUCACUUCAAAGUGUCCCGGAACCGUUACAGUGCCUCCUCUCUUACCAUGGAGAGUUUUGCUCACCUUUGGGCAGGUGGCCGUGCAUCUUAUGGUGUAAACAAGGGCAAAGUCUGCUUUGAAAUGAAGGUCACUGAGAAAACCCCAAUCAAGCAUUUAAACAGCAAAAUCAUGGACUUCCAUGAUGUCCAUAUUGGCUGGUCUCUGGCUAAUGGGUGUCUGUCACUAGGUGAGGAGGAGUUUUCUUACUCCUAUUCUGACAAAGGGAAGAAGGCUUCAAACUGUGUGACUGAAGACUACGGGGAGGGCUUUGAUGAAAAUGAUGUCAUCGGCUGCUUCAUUAAUUUCGAGGCUGAUGAAGUGGAGAUUUCCUUUUCUAAAAAUGGCAAUGACCUUGGUGUGGCUUUCAAGGUCAAUAAGGAGUCGUUGGCUGACAGAGCCCUGUUCCCCCAUGUUCUUUGUCACAACUGUACUGUUGAGUUCAAUUUUGGUCAGAACGAGACUCCGUUCUUCCCUAAGUUGGAGGACUUCACCUUUAUGCAGCAGAUUCCUCUGGAAGAGCGUAUCAGAGGACCCAAAGGACCUGUGGCCAAGAAAGACUGCGAGGUGAUUGUCAUGGUCGGCCUUCCUGGAUCUGGAAAAACUACCUGGGUAGUUAAACAUGUUGAAGAAAACCCUGGGAAGUACAACAUCCUCAGCACCAACACCGUCUUGGAGAAAUUGAUGAUUAACAGCGUAAAGAGGCAAAAUAAAGACAUAACAAAACUCAUGGCCAUUUCCCAGCGUGUUCCUUUUUACCUGGGCAAGUUGAUUGAAAUUGCUGCCCGCAAAAAAAGACACUAUAUUUUGGACCAGACGAACGUCUCUUCAGCAGCCCAAAGAAGGAAGAUGUGUCUGUUUGCUGGUUUCCAGCGCAAAGCCGUGGUGGUCUUUCCCACAGAUGAGAACUUAAAGGAGAGAGCGCAGAAGAAGGCAGAAGCGGAUGGUAAAGAUAUACCCGAGCACGCCCUACUCAAAAUGAAAGCUCUCUACACGCUUCCAGAACAAGGGGACUGCUUUUCAGAGGUCACCUAUGUUGAGCUGCAGAAGGACGAGGCCUCCAAGCUUUUGGAGAAGUACAAGGAAGAGAGUAAGAAUGCUUUGCCUCCAGAGAAGAAGCCCAACCAGGGACCCCCAACUCCCAAACGGGGAUCCCGCCGAGGAAGAGGGCAAAAGAACCAGUUCAACAGGAGUGGUGGUGGUGGUGGUGGUGGUGGUCAAGGAAACCGUGGAGGCAGGGGUGGAUUCCAGCCCCGAGGAAACUACAGAGCGUUGCUUGCACCACCUCGUGUGAGCGGAUUUGAUCGUCGCCCGCGGGGUUACAUUCUGCCACCUCCACCACCACCACCAGUCUACCGAGGUUAUCCUAGCAGAGACGGUUACAACAGAGGAGGGUCUGGUGGAAUGCAGAGUAGAGGAAUGUCUCCGCGCGGUGGACAAAUGAGGGGCAACAUGGCCAGCAGAGGUGGUGGAAUGAGCCGUGGAGGACAUGCCAACAGAGGAGGAAACAUGCACCGCGGAGGUGGACAAGGUGGUCCCAACCACAGAGGACACUACCAGCAGAAAUUCCACGGCAGAGGAGGCCACCAGCAGAAUCGUGGAGGAUAUGGCAACAAGAACAGCUCUUUUGCCCAAGCCUUCAACCAGAGCUGGCAACAAGGGUUCUGGAACCAGAAGCCAUGGAAUCAACAGUACCAUCCAGGAUAUUAUUGAAUGCACAUUUGUAUUAAAGACUCGUGGCCUGUGGUGUGCAGCCACUGAAAAAAAAAAAAAACCAUCCACUUUUAUGGUCCUUGUUUAAAAUAAUUUUUUAAAAAAGAUAGUCCAUUUUUAAAUAAGAGAAGCAAGUGGCAAACAAACAUUCCGCCUCUGAAGUAAACAGUCUACGUUCAACGGAUGUGUGAUGGCUUCACGCUCAGAUUUUUUCGUAGAAAGGUUUUCCUUCCCCUUUUAUUUUCUAUCACAGCUUUGAUUGAUAUUGUUCUAUCACUGCAUUUCUCUUGUGCGAGUGAUGCUUUGAAUUUCAGGGUUGUGCAUUUUUAUUCUGUAAAAUGUCAUUUUUUUACACAAUGUAAAUUAUUAUUUUAUUAUUUGUCAAGAUUUUUUUGUGAAAGACUUGUGUUCUAGUGUGAAAGAAUCCAUAUAUAGUCUUUUUGAGGCUUUUGUCAUUAAUCAUUAAUGCAGCAACUUCAUGUUUAGUGCAGGAGUGAAAAUAUUGUUCUCGAUUUUUACUUUUUACUGUUUGUUUAAGCCCAGACUGUAACGGUUACUUCAUAGGUUUGCAAUAAAUGACGUGCUUGCUUUUCUAUGACCUUUCAUUAUGGCUUUUGACUGAUACCUUGAACAUUUGAUUUCAAACAGCCUUUGAAUGUCAAUUGGUUUAUUCUCAGACUGUCCUUUUUUUAAUGGUCUUUCUGUCUUAAAUUUAAAAUGGUUUUAGUUGAUGUGUGGCUAUUUUCUUAAUGCAUUGCUUUUUUCACAAGUAAUUUUAUGCCUUUUUAAAUCUUAAGUACGAUGAAACGUGUGUAUUCAUUAAGCAUUUGAUUGUGCUUACUGCAUUACAUAAGUCAACUCAUAUCCAGUAACUUCAUAAAAAUUGUGCACUAAGCUCAUCAGCUCAUUUUGUGGCGAUACAUUAUAAAAUAUCCUUGCAAAACCUUUAUCCCAAGCUAAUCGUGUUAUUUUUAUCUGUAACCACUAUAUUGAUCUGUUUAAUAAUGCAACUAAUCUAUUUCCAGGGCACAUAAUAUGCAUUAGACUAUAUUUAGACUCGUUUGUUCCUGGAUCCUUUUUCUUUUGCAUUAAUUUGUCAAAUAGGGAUUGAAUAUUGAUAAAUCAUCAUCUAAUAGCCACCACAUAAACAAGUUUUGUGAAAUGCUUCAAUGUUACAUGGAGUUAAGGUUAUCAUAUCAAAAUUUCUGGAUUAAAUCAUUUAAGGGAUUUUAAUUAUAACCUGCAUUUUGAUACUCGUUAUUCUGGCCACAAUAAUAUCACAUCUACAUCCGUCCUGAUUUUCAUGAAGACUAGCCCUUGAUGUUUUGAAUUGAUAUAUUUCUUAUCGAGUGCCAAAUGGCCAAAGAAAAAGGGCAGCUAUUUUUAACUUAAAAUUGGUGUAAUUUAUCCUGAUGUAAUAAGUUUAAGUGGAAUAUUUCGUUUGACUAUAGCAGUAAUUUAUUUUGGGGAAUGUUUUCUUCUCUAAUACUUUUGAAUUAAAUAUUGACCCCGUCCUUAAAUAAAACAAGUGAUUUUUUUUCUAACUGAAUGUCAUGGCAUGAGAGAUUUUGUGAUGAUAGUGUUUUACUACAGAGACCUUGCUUGUGCAAAAUGUGCUAUUUUGAGGAUGGACGUUUCUUUUCUAAAUUGUACUAAAAUGUGGCAUUGUGUUAUCGGGAGACUGCAGUCGGUAUGUAUUUUGGGGUCGAGUUCGUUUUUCAACGAGAUGAAUGUUAAAUUGUUACAUAAUGUAAGGAAAUGUGUCAUUAAAUGAUGUAAUACACCUCUGAGGUGAAUUUGUUUUAUUUUUA